AUGGCUUCAUCAUCUACCAAUAUCGUCAACUGUAUCUUCUUCGAGUGCGAGGCUGAAGAAGCAGCCAAGUUCUAUGUUUCUAUCUUUCCCAACUCGUCCAUCGAAGUAGUCACUCGCUUUCCGAACGCCGGUCAGGAGAUCCACAAACAGCCUGCCGGACGAGUCAUGGUCGUCAAUUUCACUCUCAAUGGUCACACAUUCACCGCGCUGAACUCCAAGCCUGCGGAAAUCAAGUUCAACGAAUCCAUCAGCUUCCAGAUCAUGUGUGAUUCGCAGGAAGAAAUCGACCAUUACUGGUACAAGUUGAGCGAAGGGGGCGAUGAACCGAGUCGGAGGUGUGGGUAG